GAAGAAGCGAUAUGCGAUGCAUGAUCUAAAGUCAUGCAACCUCCAGCUCAUGGCGAAUCUUCCUUGCUAGCUGCAAAGCGUUUGCAUCAAGAAGUCCCACCACACCGCUGGUGUGUGACCUUGCAGGAGUUCCAGCACUUUGUACGGGACGUGCGAGUUGCGUGGCGAGCAGGACUCUGGGGACAAGUUCCAUCUCAUUCUACGAUCUCUUUUCAAGAUGACAGCUCCGGGCCGAAUGUCUACCAGGUGAACGUAGACUUUGUCAAGCCAUGCACACUGCGAGCUGGAGGAAUGAGCUACGCAUUGAUGCUGCAUUCGGGUGGACUGGAUUGUGAGGUCUUCGUCUCCCAUGCGUGGGCGGAGGGUAUUUUUGAGCUUUGCAUCUGUGUGAAAUAUGGCUGGGUGGUUGGCAAGCAAAACCUCUACUGCUGUCUGUUGGCCAAUCCACAAAACUUGGACAUCGGCGAAGUCUUGGGCAACACUCCUUCAGCAAGCCCCUUUGCAGCCGCACUGAACAGUGCUUCGCACAUCAUUGUGGCACCAAACCGUGCAGUUUCGGUCUAUUCUCGAUUGUGGUGCGUCUACGAAGCAUAUCUCGCGGCCAAACAAGAGAAGAUUUUCGUGAUGCCAGCGAUCUCCAACACCUCUCAGUGCUUAAGCCUCCAUUGCCAGUGGCUAUUCCUUCCUGUACUUUGCGGCAUUUUGUUGGGUGGGUUGCUUUCUUGGCUGGUCAGCAAAUAUGCAAGGCCAAAACAAGAGGUUGCUACAGGAUUAGCAAUAUUGGUCUACUUAAACCUUGGCAAUAUGUUGGUGCACAUCUUAUGGCCGCGACACUGUCGCAAGCUGCGUGCUAUGUGGUGGACGGAUUCAUUUUUGCUUCUCACUUCUUUCUUGAUCGCUACCAUGUACAUUCUUCUGGUAUACGUGGAGGAAGAAGCAGCGACAGGUGGAGCAUGGGUUGAAUUUGUCAUCAGCUUUUUCAGGAAGUUCUUUUUCGUCGCCCUUGCCCUUCUUUGCACAAGCUCUGUUGGUCAAAACAUUCACAGUGAAAUCGAACAGGCUUCCUUGAAGAAGUUGGAACAAUGGCUUGACUUCAAAUCUGUGCGCUUUGCCACGUGCUCCAAUCCAUCUGACGCUGAACACAUUUGGAAUGAAAUUUCGGAUUCCGUUGCAGACGUUGACGCUGCCAUCAGCAUUUUGAUCAAGGCUGGGGCGUACACCACAGGCUUGCGCCAACAAUACGAUGCAGGAGUUGACAUCACGUCUGCUGGCUACGCGGACCUCUUCAUUAGGACACUUCACUGUGCCCUCCUUUUGCUCGUGGCGGCAGUGGUCUGCGCGGAACGCGGUUUUUCCUGGAGAGAAGCUGUUGACCUAGCAGAGUGGCUCUGGUGCUUGCCAGCACUUGCAUGCCUUGUGCUCUGCUGCGUAACUCCUUGCAUUCUGGUAGCACUUUCACGCAAAGCUCCUGAACAUGGCAUUUUUGCUGUGCAAGUUCUGGGCACCAUGGGACUAUUGGUAAUUCUGGUGCCGGCUGCUUACCUGAAUGACUUUACAGAUCUUAGCAUCACCCAGCACCGGCAAGGGGAGAAUACUUGGAGCCCUUCCCCUGCCGCUGCUCUAUUCUUCAUCACCUUCCCCGUGGUCAUUUCAUGCAUCUCCUUGGCCUUGGUGUGGUUGGGUCCGACCUGGAUGUCCUCUCGUCUCAUGCACAUUGAAACGAUGUGCAAGUGCCGGAAGCAGAGCUCCCUCUCCGUGGAGGACUCUGAUGAUGACUUCGAUUCGGAUCCAGAUGAGAGCUCUUAGCUGAGGAUGCGCGAGAAAGUUGUAGUAAGUACUAAGUACAGUGUGAAUUUGGUGUACUCCUUAGCAAUUAUCGAGUGUGUUUGAUGCCAAAGUUGAUCAGACCACUCUACUAAGCAUGUGAAUAGAUUGUGUCAGAGGUACUUCGCGAGAGAAAGGACAA